AGCGGCGGUUACGACGGCUAACGGUCUCUCGGCUCGUUCUGAUCGACGCCGGGACCGUCGAAGGGGCUCCGGGGGCCGGGAUGGCGGCCCUGGAGCCCGGCGUCGGCGGCUACGGGCGGAGCGAGGCGGGGACUCGCGGGGAGAAGGAAAAGCAGCCGGGCCCGGUCUCGUCCCGCAGGACCCUGGUGUCCCCGCCGCCGCCGCCACCCCCACCGCUCUGCCUGAAGCGCCGAUUGAAGCUCCUGCCGGGGCCUGAGGAGACGGUGCAGAGCCGGGUGACACUGGAGAAAGUAUUGGGCAUUACAGCCCAGAACAGCAGCGGCUUAACAUGUGAUCCAAACACAGGCUACAUUGCUUACCUGGCUGGUUGUGUGGUGGUGGUUUUAGACCCCAAGAAGAGUAAGCAGCAACACAUCUUUAACACUGCCAGGAAAGCCCUGAGUGCACUUUCCUUCUCUCCUGAUGGGAGAUACAUCGUGACGGGUGAGAACGGGCAUAGACCAGCUGUUCGGAUUUGGGACGUGGAGGAGAAGAGCCAGGUGGCAGAAAUGCUGGGCCACAAGUAUGGGGUAGCUUGUGUGGCCUUCUCCCCCAACAUGAAGCACAUUGUGUCCAUGGGCUAUCAGCAUGACAUGGUGGUCAACGUCUGGGACUGGAAGAAGGACAGCGUGGUUGCCUCCAACAAGGUGUCAUGUAAGGUUAUUGCCAUCUCAUUUUCGGAGGACAGCAGCUACUUUGUGACCGUGGGCCACCGGCAUGUCAAGUUCUGGUUCUUGGAGGUAUCCAAGGAAGUAAAGGUGACUGGCACCGUGCCCCUGGUGGGGCGUUCAGGCAUCCUGGGAGAGCUUCACAACAAUGUCUUCUGUGGUGUUGCCUGCGGGAGGGGCAGGAUGGCAGGCAACACCUUCUGUGUGUCCUACUCUGGUCUCCUCUGCCAGUUUAAUGAGAAGAGGGUCCUAGAAAAGUGGAUCAACUUAAAGGUCUCCCUUUCAUCGUGCCUGUGCGUCAGUGAGGAUCUCAUCUUCUGUGGCUGCACUGAUGGGACAGUACGCAUCUUCCAGACCCAUGACAUGCAUUAUGUGACCAACUUACCCAAGCCCCACUACUUGGGAGUAGAUGUGGCCCAAGGCCUGGAUCCCAGCUUCCUCUUCUGUAGGAAGGCUCAGGCAGUCUAUCCAGACACAGUGGCCUUGGCCUUUGACCCGUGCCACUACUGGCUCUCGUGUGUGUACAAGGACCACAGCAUCUAUGUCUGGGACAUCAGAGACCUAAGUAAAGUGGGCAAAGUGUGGUCCGAUCUCUUCCAUAGUUCCUAUGUCUGGAACGUAGAGGUUUACCCAGAGUUUGAAGACCAGAGAGCCUGCUUGCCCUCAGGAUCCUUUCUGACCUGCUCCUCAGACAACACCAUCCGCUUCUGGAACAUGGAGAACAGCCCGACCUCUGGCCGUCCAAAGAAUGUUUUCAGCAAUAACCUGCUAAAGGUGGUAUAUGUAGAAAAUGACAUCCAGCACCUGCAGGACAUAUCCCACUUCCCAGACCGGGGAAAUGAGAAUGGGACUCCUGUGGACAUGAAGUCAGGGGUUCGGGUCAUGCAGGUCAGUCCUGAUGGUCAGCACUUGGCCUCAGGCGACCGGAGUGGAAAUCUGAGGAUUCAUGAGCUCAGGUUCAUGGAUGAGCUGAUUAAGGUGGAGGCCCACGAUGCAGAAGUUUUAUGUUUGGAAUAUUCCAAGCCUGAGACUGGUAUGACACUGCUGGCUUCUGCCAGUCGAGACCGACUCAUCCACGUGCUCAAUGUGGAGAAGAACUAUAACUUGGAGCAAACCCUCGAUGACCAUUCUUCCUCCAUCACGGCCAUCAAAUUUGCAGGGAACAGAGACAUCCAGAUGAUCAGCUGUGGAGCUGACAAAAGCAUCUACUUCCGCAGUGCCCAAAAGGUAUCUGAUGGCCUUCAUUUUGUGCGGACCCAUCAUGUGGCGGAGAAGACCACCUUGUAUGACAUGGACAUCGAUAUCACUCAGAAGUAUGUGGCUGUGGCCUGUCAGGAUAGGAAUGUGAGAGUCUACAACACAGUCAAUGGCAAACAGAAGAAAUGCUACAAAGGCUCUCAGGGGGACGAUGGCUCCUUGCUAAAGGUGCAUGUGGAUCCUUCGGGUACCUUCUUAGCCACCAGUUGCUCUGAUAAGAGCAUCUCAGUGAUCGACUUCUAUUCUGGAGAGUGUAUUGCAAAGAUGUUUGGACAUUCAGAAAUCGUCACGGGCAUGAAGUUUACUUAUGACUGUCGCCACCUAAUCACCGUCUCUGGAGACAGUUGUGUAUUUAUCUGGCAGCUGGGCCCAGAGAUCACCAACUGCAUGAAACAGCAUUUGCUGGAAAUUGAUCACAUUGAGCAGCAGAAGAAAAUGAAAGAUGGAAAAUGGACCAGCCAGCUGAGACGGGAAACUUAUGUGUCUAUGCCCAGUGGGACUCACUCCCUGAGCCCUGGAGAGCAGACAGAGGACGAGCUGGAGGAAGAGUGUGAACAAGAGGAGUUGCUGAAGACCCCCACGAAAGACAGCUUCGAAACAGAUCCGCGAUGCCUGCUCACCAAUGGCAAGCUUCCUCUCUGGGCAAAGCGGUUGUUGGGGGAUGAUGAUGUGGAUGGGGCCACCUUCCACGCCAAGCGGAGCUACCAGCCUCAUGGCCGUUGGGCCGAGCGGGCUGACAGAGAACCCAUCAAGACCAUUUUGGAUGCCCGGGACCUGAAUUACUAUUUCAGCCCCGUGAACCCUGACGUGUUGGAGGACUCUGGCCUGGAGAAGGUGGAGCCGCAGAGUCUGACCCAGCUCCUCACUGAGACAGAGGGCCAAGAGGGUGGAAGCCAGAGGGAAGGUAGUUUCCAGCAUCCUGACUUCCUCCAACUGGACCUGGAGUCCCCCAAGUCAAAUGACAUCAUCAUUUACAACCUGGAGUCAGAAGCCAUCCCUGGCAAAAGUGAGUAUCGUCUGAAGGAAGCAGAUGUCUCCUCCUCUCAGCGGGGAAAUGGCUAUCUUCGAGGUCCCACGGUUCUAACUGGAGAACUGGAUAGCUGUACCCUGGAGCAACAGCCUGAAGGUGGGGAGUCACUGGAAUCUGAAGCUGAAACUGAAGCUGAGACUGUUGACUUGGAAGGGGGCUUCAAAGCAAUUCUCUCCUCGUCACCCCAGCCCAAGGCUGAGAAGAGCUCCUUUGACCCAAUUCCUCAAGCCCCAGAGAGCACUUCGGAAGUGGAGCUCAGUGGAUCAGAGGGGCCUGGGCCACCCGGCAGCUCCUUGCCGCAGACACCGGAGCAAGAGAAGUUUCUUAGACACCAUUUUGAGACCCUCACUGAUGCCCACCCUGAAGAGCUGUUUAAUGAUACCCUGAAGGACGUGGAGCCUCCUGAGAUGGAUGCGGACUCUGAGAAGAGCUUCUUCCUCAACUCUCGCCUGAGCAUGUCCACCCAGUUUCUGUCUCGAUUCCAGAAGAAUUCCAGGUUUGCACACACCUUCCCACCUACACUGCCUCUUCAGCUAGUGAAGCCCCUGGAGGCUGUGGUGCUUCGUCGGGAAGGGGGCAAGUCCGUGCGGACCAACAGGAGCUGUAACAAUGCAGAGGCCUCCGAUGGACUCCCAGGAGAGAAGGAAGCCGAGAGCCCGGAGACCCCAGAGCCAGCGUCCUGGUGCCCACUGGCCUCUGGCAUCACUGGCAUCGGGCCAAACCCACCCCCUGAGGCCCUGCUGGGCCUGCCCCUAGAGAAAGAGAGGGAGAGAAAACCGAAGCGGUCACCUCCACUCCCCUCCUCCGUGGCCCGGGGCAGCCGAGCCCUACCUGCCCGAUCCUACGCUGAGGCCACCAUGAGCUCCCGGGCAAAGAUGUCCCGCAGCGUGUCUCUUGGAGAAAACGUCGUUCCUGCCUUGUAUGGCUUGAAGAGGCCUCUUUCAAUGGGAGAACUUUCCACGUUGGGGCGAGAUGGUUUGCCAAGCAGGACCAGAGAGUUGAAUAGCCUGGAGGGAAAUCAGAACCAGCCCCCUUGGGGUAAUCAUGAAGCCCGAGCUGGCCUGAGGCUGGACCUGACCAAUGUCUCUGACCAGUUCCUACUGCCUCUGGCACCGACUGUGAUCCCUGGCCCUCCUGAGACAGGCCUAGGAAGAGGGUGGACUAAGGGCUCCAUCGCCACUGUGGAAGCUGUCCCAGCGGAGUUCCUGGCCAGCGAGACUCCGACUGAGAUGAAGGCCCCAGGCCUCUAUGAGCCCGACUUCCUCCAGAGGCUGUCAGGGCCGGAGCCACCAGCUCGGGCCCACACCGAGAGCCCUGCAGCCAUGGAAUCUCGGGGGCCCAGGUGCAUCGGCUCCGAGGCCCCACUCUUGGAUCCUCCCCUUGCCCAACUCGGCAUGAGCAGUGUGGAAUGUAUCACCCAGAAGUUGCAGCGCAGCUUCCAGGAGGCCCUGGACCUUUACAACAUGGUGGUUUCCAGCCCUCGAAUGGGUGGACAACAGCAGCAAGUCCUAGCAGAAUUGUCUUCCACCUUCUUGUGGAUACAGGGCCAGCUGGAUGCCAUGGCCUGGCUUUGUGGGGAGGAGGUGGUCCAACCCCCAUCCCCAUCCUUGUCUCCAGCCCUGUCCCCAGCCCAGGGCCUGGCUCUGGCCCCAGCCCCAGCCUCAGCCUGGACUCUUUCACCUUCCCCAGCAGUGAGCCCUGCCCCAGGCCUCCCAACCCCUCUGCUGUGGUCUCUGCCAAGCUCAGAGGUCCGGGCCUUGUUGGAACACUAUUCAGAGCUGUUGGUGCAAGCGGUUCGCAGAAAGGCGGGUGGCAGGGAACUGAGGGCGGGCCAGGGGAGCAGGGCCUGAACAUCCUAUAACCCCACGAUUCCUCCGUGGGGAUCAAGGACCAUCACACUGACAUGACCACCUCUUCCUUCUCUGCUGCUUUUAAGAAAAUGUCUAUUUUUUAGAAAAUAAACAACUUUAACGCAA